CAGUUGUAGCAGCGCAUGCGCACGAUCGCGCCACUGCAGUAUUAGAGAAUACGUCACCCAUUCAAAACACAGGCAAGUCCAGGCACACACCGACCGAUCUCUGGACAGGCGAUGUAGGCUACGGUUUACUUAUCCGACCCAGACCACCGGUGGCACGGACAAACUGACGAGCCUUGGACGGUUGAAGGUCAACCGCCACACAUCAACACCGGGCAGUAGUUAUUCGACACGAGCUCUCUGGCGUGUUUUUAUUUUUUAUUUUUUUUAGCUGUUCUUGUUCCUCAAAUAGGCAUCACCGGGCUACCUGUCAAAGCAAUCUGUCACGGAGGUUAUCGCUGCAGAUUUGUGGACGUGACAAUGACUCUCGAGGAUGAGCUGACAACAGCCGCAGCGAAGGGAAACACUGCAGAUGUGGAGUGUCUUCUGAAGACAGGGGCUGAAGUUAACGGGGUGAACAGUUUUGGACAAACCGCUGUACAGGUGAUGAUGAUGGGGAGCACGCCGGUGGCUCAGGUGUUACUGAGGCGCGGAGCGGAUCCCAACGUGAAGGACAGAAGCACCGGGACCACCCCGCUGCAUGACGCGGCCAGGACGGGCUUUCUGGACACUGCGCGGCUGCUGGUGCAAUACAAGGCUGACCCGCAGGCAAGGGACAAUGCAAACCGUCGGCCCAUCGAUUUGGCCAGAGACAACGGCCAUACAGAUGUGGUUGCGUUUCUGGAGUCUCUGUAAAACACUCGCUGUGAUAUGUUGGUUUCCUGCUGCUUGUUUUGAAUGGGGACUCAGGGUUCUGAGAAACGGGGCCUGAAAAGGCCUGCAGCCUAAAUUAUGCAUAUAGACUGUUUUGCUGUAAAAUGUAUUUUUAUUUAUUUGUCUCUUUUUUGCUGAAUAUGCAUCAUUAUUUUAUUGUUAACGAAAUCAGGGUUAUCUAUCGGCGUAGGGUCGCUGUUAUGACAAAUGACACGAGUACAAUAUUGCUAUAACGAUCUAAAGCCGGGAUAUUCGGGUUGUUCAGUACCGUAGUUCACAGCGACCUUAACACAAUUUGUUGUAAUUUUAACUUCCGUUGUAUCAUUUAAAUAUCACGCUAAACCGGAAAAAACACUUCUACAGUGUACGGUUUUACUAUAGUAUUUGUACAGUAUAUUGUAUAUUAAAAAUAGGAUUAUUGUUGGUUUUCGUUAUAAACCUAAUGAGAUGACCAUGAAUAGCUUUCCAUGUCAAAUAUUUAACCAAAUAACACGAAAGCCAUUUAAAAUGUUUUGCACAUUUGAACAUUAGUGUCUAACUUAUGCACAAUUAUGUAAGCAUUAUCUUUGUUCUGCAGACUCCAAUGUCUUGUUUGUACAAACGAUAUGCCAUUCAGAUGUCUAUUAUGCAAUUUAUUAAAAUAUAAGAAGAUA